UUGCAGAUGGAAUAUUUUAAACCAAUAAUAUUAGCAGUGCUUGUAUAUAUAACCAACACAGUAGCACAGAUACCGGAAAUAGUGGAAUUAGUAGUUGGUCAACCAUUUCAUUAUGCAUUUCAAAUUGAUUCGAAUGUAUUGGAAGUCCAGGAUGCAUCCGGCGAAGAACUACCAACGUGGCUAAUUUGGAAAAGAAGUGAACGGAUUUUGGAAGGUGUGCCACAACCUACUGAUACUGGAAAAACAUUUUUACGGAUAGCGAACGGUCAAACUGAUGAUGUAAUGGAAAUUUCCGUCAAGGAAGAAAUUAUAAAUCCAUGCGGUGCUGAAAGAAAUACAUUGUGGAUGGAAAUUGCAUUUGAUACUUCACUUAGCAAUCUGAGUAUAGCUGACCAAUUGCAUCUUGUUAACAUUGUUUCGAAAUUUUUUAGUGUUAACAGUUCUUCGCUUCGUCUUUAUUCAAACAAGUACAAGGAAGAAUUAAGACGUUCUGAAGUUGUCGAAUCCGGUAUGCAACAUAAGCCGAACAAUGAUUCAAUGACAAUCAUGUGGAAAGUUUCAUGCGAAGAGAUUGAUGAGGAUGCUAUUGACGUGCUAGAAAAGAUGCUCACAUUCGAUGAAAGUGAUGCUUUGGCGAUAUCACAGCAAAAACUGUUUGGUUGGGAGCUAAGAAAAGGGACGUUAUUACCACGGAAACAACGUAAUCUUAUUGCUGGGACUGGUAUCAUGUCUCAGUUUUCGGGCUUUGCUACAAAUGAACCAUAUGUUAACUUUGAAGUGACAACUUCUAAAACCACAACACGUUCCUCGCGCUCUACAAAAAAAGAUGACAGACCUCCGGUGCGAUUGCAUUCGCUUCAGGCUUUUACUUGCAGAAGAGGUAUGAUGUGCGAGUAUACCAUUCCAAGGGAAACAUUCAUUGAUGCGGAAGAUGGAGAUACGCGUACACUUACUUUGUCUGUUUACCCAAUUGUUGCCGAUAACAAUUGGCUUACAUUAGAUAGGAAAAAUAAGCAGAUUUUACAUGGUAUCGCACUGAAUACAGGAGAUUUUGAAUUUCGGUUAGAAGCGCGGGACUCUGCAAAUCAGAUGACAUCUGCACCUUUUCGAGUAACAGUUGUUCCCGAACCACCAACUAAUCACUUAUUCAUUCUUGAUGUUGACCACAGUUACGAACGAUUAGCGAAAGACCCGGAUAUUUUAUGCGCAUUUGCGGAAAAGUUGGCUAAUUCGUUAGGGGAUCGGUUUCCAAAAAAUUUGGUUAUUAAGAAAAUUGAAGCUGUUGAUAGUAUAAGACGUCAGUCCCGUGUCAUCUUUUCAAAUGCUUCUUUGUCAUAUAAAUAUUGCCAGAAAAAAGCAAUUGAUGCAAUUAAACAUAUUAUGCUAACUAGAAGACGGGAUCGUAUCCGAGCCGAAUUUGUUCGAGCAAUGGAUAGUAGAUUUCAUGUACGAAAUGUAAAAUUAGAGUUCCGAGGAUCUUGUGUCGACGAAUCGCCAACAUCUCGUUUUCCAGCGAAUGUUUCCUUAUCCACAACCACUGUUUCUCCUGAUCAUGAUACUUCAUCUAUUAAACUGUGGUUACCAGUUGCCCUCAUUGCAUUCUUCAAAUUUUUCUUAGCUACACUGGCAUUAGUUUGCUGCGUGAUAAAACGAAAGAAAGCAAAAGCAGUCCAGUCAGAAUACAUUUCGAAAGGUUUGCCAGUAGUAUUUCCGGAAGAAAUCCCACAAGAAGAUGAAACAGCAACGGUAUCGACACCAAUGUUGGUCAAGGAAGAACGACCACCGUUAAUCAUUUCUCAGCAUGAGAAUCCUCUUUACAAACCGCCUCCUCCGCUUUCUACUGCAUCAAGCCCGCGUCCUCGAAAUGCGUUCACGAAUCAGAGGCAACCUCCACCUUAUGUUCCGCCAUAAUGUUAAAAUCAAAUCCUUUCAACAGCCUCUUAAGAGAUACAAAUUCUUGCAACAGAUCCAUAUUUUGCCCCGGUUAUUCGCCAUAACUUCUGCAGUUCAAUUCAAGUUACUGCUAGUACAACUAUAUUCUUUUGCUACGUAGUCCGAUUUUUUUGCGAAAUAACCUGAAUUAUAUCGUUGUAGUG